UUGUUGUGAUGUCAUCAGGAUGCGUCGGUGCUCACUCUGAUAUCGUACCGGGCCCAGUCCAUCCAGCCAGCUAAAGACGGGUGGAUCCAGAGCCUACACCGCCUUAUGGAGAAGUUCUUCAGGAAUGAGAGUCGUAGUGUGAUCAGGAUCAAAGUGCUUCACAUCCUCUCCUUUGUCCUCAGCACCAACCGCCAGCUCUACGAGGAGGAGUUGAUCGAGAUGGUGGUGGUUCCUCAGCUCAGUGGGAUAGCAGAGGACAGAGACCUGGCUGUGAGGAGACAGGCUACCCAGCUACUGGUGGACCUGGCUGAGAGCUGUAGUACACACCACUUCACCAGCCUCCUGGACAUCAUCCAGAGGGUGGCGAGUCGUUCGCUGGUGUGCCCAGGGCCCCUGGAGGUGUCGGAGAGAGACCCCACGGCAGAAUCCCCCAUGGAGGAUGUCAGGACCGCUAUACGAGGUCUACUGGAGAUACUGCAGAGUAAGCUGUACAGCCUGCCAGCCAGCCACGCUAGUCGAGUGUACGAGCUGCUGAUCGGACACCUGCAGCUUCACUACAAGAACAAGUACAGCUCCGCUGUGGCCUGCAGCAUACGACUACAGGUGUUUGACUUCCUCCUGAUGAUGAGAACGGACUCCCUCCAUCGUCUGGGGUUCCUCAGUAAAGACGGGGUACUGAGGUUCAGUCCGUACUGCCACUGUGACAUGGGGGAGCCAGAGAAACGAGGGAGUGAGAAGAAGCCUGCAGGCUCAGUGUCUCCCCCUGCUGGCAGUCCUGCCCCUUCCUCCACCACUACUCCCUCCUCCUCCAUCCGUACAGCCUGCCUGCCCUACUCACCUGCCUUCAAUGUGCUGCUACAGUGCCUGAAGAUGGAGACAGACUGGAAGGUGUUGAAGCUGGUUCUAGACAAGAUGCCCUGGACCCUACAGUAUAAAGUCCUGCUGCUGUCCUCUCCCUGCAGCAUAGACCAGCUCUGUUCUACACUCUGUUCUAUGGUGACAGACCGUCUUAUCUCAGAGCGUCUGAAGAAGACUCCAGAUGGUUUCAGUCGUACUGAUGUCCAGCUGGCUGUAGUACCUGUUCUCACUGCUAUCACAUCAUACCACAACUACCUAGAACAGGCCAGACAGAGGGAGUUGGUCCAGUGUCUGGAGGCAGGGCUGAUAUACCGUUGUGCCAAGCAGUGUGUGGUUGCCCUGACAAUGUGCACCGUGGAGAUGCCUGACAUCAUGAUUAAACUCCUCCCCGCCCUCAUCGUCAAGCUGACGCACAUCUCGGCAACCGUCGCCAUGGCGUCGCCCAUGCUGGAAUUCCUGUCCACUCUGGUGCGGCUGCCACAUCUCUAUGCUUACUUUGUAGCAGAGCAGUACGUCAGUGUGUUUGCCAUCUCCCUGCCCUACACCAACCCCUCCAAGUUUAACCAGUACAUUGUGUCGUUGGCUCACCAUGUCAUCUCCAUGUGGUUUAUCCGCUGCAGACUCACCUUCAGAAAGGACUUUGUGCAGUACAUCACCAAGGGUCUGCGCUCUAAUGCUCUGAUGCCGUUUGAUGACAGCCAGGACACUCAGAGCAGCUUCCGUGCUCGCAGCACCAGCCUCAAUGAGAGGCCCAAGAGUCUACGGGCAGCCAAAAUGGCGAAGGCCCACCAGCAGCAGCAGCAGCAGCAGGCGUCAAUGGCAGCGGGCGUAGCGGCGAGUACCGGCUCUCCCGUUAAAGAGCUGAGAGAUCUGUCGGCCAUGGACGCCUUCCGCUCCCGAAGCAUCAGCGUCUCUGAGCACGCGGUGCGCAGGAUGCACACCUCCAGCACCACGUGUAGUCUGGGUUCUUCUGAUGAGAACACCGUGAGCCAGGCAGACGAUGGGUUAAAGACUGUCCACCUGGAGUUAACUGAGACCUGUCUGGACAUGAUGGCUCGAUACGUCUUCUCCAACUUCUCAGCUCUGCCCAAGAGGUCUCCUAUAGCAGAAUUCCUUCUGGCGGGGGGUCGCAGUAUGACCUGGCUGGUGGGUAACAAGCUGAUCACCAUAACGACCAGCGGUGGGGUCAGGAGCCAGGCCCUACUGGGAAUGGACAUGGCUGAGAGGCUGGGAGGAGGGGGAGAGAUGACCAGGUCAGACCCCUCCCUUCACACCCGUCAGACCAAAGAGGCUCCGGCCAAACUGGAGUCCCAGUCCAGUCAACAGCUCAACAGAGCCUCACGCAUCAGAGUACGAUCCAUGUCAGGUGGCCAUGCUCUCCGUGCAGGUCCAGCCCAGAGCCUCAGCCCCCUGGUCUCACCCUCUGAGGGGGGAGAGCUGUGUGGUGUCCCCCUCUCUCCCCCCUCCUCCUCCUCCGGCCCCUGUCUGGAUGGCCUGGGGCCCCCCUCUCCCUCCCCCUGUGCCCCCCCUAAGGACCCCCUCAAAGACAAGCCCAGCCUGGCAGAGUUCCUGCCCGUUCUGACCCAGGGAUGGGCUGAGAUCUUCAUACGCAGACCCUCAGGUAACACCAGCUGGUUGAUGUGUCUGGAGAACCCUCCCAGUCCCUUCUCCUCUGAGCUGGGUAACAUGCCUCUCCAGGAGCUGUCCUCUGUCCUCAUGGCCAUGGAGGGGGUCAAGGAACCCCCCGCCCAGACCGCCAGCGCCCCCGCCAGCACAGCCACCCCUGCCCCGACCCCUGUAGCCCUUAACCCCCCUGGACCCAUCCAAGGGGGCAAGCCUGGACUCAUCCAGCACUCUAACACAGACUCUGUGUUAGUGCUAGAGGAGGGGACAGGGGUCAGGGGCCACGUAGACUACCCCUCUGAUUGGCCAGAGGCGGAGAAGUUUGAGGCCAUGCCCUCUGAACCCAUCUACAUCGCUGCUGACAAGUUCACCAAGGCCCUGCCCCCUAGAACACUCAGCAGGUCCUCCUCCAGUUCCAGCCAGGACGAUGAGAAGUCCACCCUGGAGGAGGUGAGUGAGGGGUUCAUCCCCAUCGACCUGGCCCCCUCCACCCCGGGCAGCCAAGGCCCAGAGCUCCCUUUCCAGACCCAGGACCAGCCUGGGACGCAGACCCUCAACAAGUCCAGCUCCUCCCCUGAGCUGCAGACCCUACCAGAGGCCUUCCCCAAGACCACAACAGGACCUGGGGCCGGAGUAGGAGAGGCACCCGGGGUUAGGUCACCCUCGGAGGGGAAGAGCCAGCCACAACAGCCCCCGGCGGAGAAAGAGAUAGAGAAGGUGGAGAGUGGAGGAGGAGGGGUGAACAGACAGAAUCAGAGUGGGGAUUCCACCCCAGUGACAGGGGCGUUGUCUGGGGCAUCGGGAGGAGGAGGAGGAGGUUCCUCUUCCUCCCAGGGAGCCAGGAUGAGGUUGGAGUUCCCAGCGCCCCACCAGCCUGGGCCCCUCUCCCCCAGCGGAGGGCACCGUCCCAGGGGUCACACCAUCUCCGUGUCGGCCCCCUCCUCCAGGAGAGAGAGGAUAGGAGGAGACGCGUACCACACCACCCGGCCCGGACCCACCAGCACUGAGAAGACCAGUGGACUCAGUCCCAGUUUUGUGUUCCUUCAGCUCUACCACUCUCCCUUCUUUGGCAACGAGGCCAACAAGCCUCUCCUGCUGCCCAAGUCUCAGCUGAUCGACAGAGCGGUGAAGGUUUUGGACCAGAUGCCUCCGUAUGAUACCCAUAAGAUUGGAGUGGUGUUUGUAGGAGCUGGACAGGUAUUCAACGAGGUGUCCAUCCUGUCCAAUGAGUAUGGUUCUAACCGCUACGCUGGCUUCCUGACAGGCCUGGGGAAGCUGAUCCACCUGAAGGACUGUGAUCCAGACCAGAUCUUCCUGGGGGGUCUAGACCAGUAUGGAGAUGACGGGGAGUUUACCUACUGCUGGCAUGAUGACAUUAUGCAGGCCAUCUUCCACAUAGCCACCCUGAUGCCCAACAGAGACAGUGAUAAGGGCUGCUGUAACAAGAAGAGACACAUCGGAAACGACUUUGUUAUGGUGGUUUACAACGACUCAGGAGAGGAGUACAAACUGGGGACCAUCAAGGGUCAGUUUAACUUUGUUGAGGUGAUCAUUAAGCCUCUGGACUAUGGAAGUAACCUGGUCACCCUGCAGUGCAAGAAAGAUCUGGAGGGUCUAGUUGAUACCAGUGUAGUGAAGAUAGUCUCAGACCAGAACCUUCCAUUGCUGGUACGACAGAUGGCCCUACACGCUAACAUGGCAUCUCUGGUCCACCAGUACAGAGCAAACCCUUCUGAUGCCUACGCCUCCAAGUGGCUGGCCAGACUACGACACAUCAAGAGACUCAGGACAAGGGCCCAGGAGGAGAUCCAGUCUCGUCCCACCCCCGGUAUCUCUCUGACCCAGAGCCACUCCUCCCAGACCAAACAGUCCUCCUACCAGCAGGUCGGCGGUGGAGGCUCCAACACGGACUCCUCCGGACAGAGGAAGAGACUGGUCUCCACCGUGGACGACUUCACCGACUUCGUCUGAGCCUUGAGGGCGCGUUCCCAAUGUCAAAUGUCUAUACUAGUAUACUACUUCGGGUCAAAUGGCACCCUGCUCCCUAUAUAGUGUGCUACUGUUGACCAGAGUCAUAUGGACCAUGGUCAACAGUAGUGCACUAUAUAGGGAAUAGGGAGCCAGUUCACACAUAGUAUGCAUCUCCAAUACAUUGGUCUCAUGCUAUGUAGUAUGCUAGUAUGGAUAUUGUAACGGAGUGAUAUUUCUGAUACUGUUUCUGGUACCCCUGCUCAAGGCAGACGUUGCCUCCCUCACCACAGAUCUAGGAUCAGGUUAUCCGAGUGGUUCUAAUGUCGACUAGCAGGAGGAUAAUAGAAUGGCUGAUCCUAGAUCUGUGUUUAGUCAGGGACAACAUUGACCUGCUUUCGCUCUUUCUCUCUGAUACACACACACCUGUUGAAUAACUUCCUGCUUUCUACCGAUAUGAUUUGACGAUUCUCUCCCAAAUAUUUGUCUUGACGGCACAAGCUGAUGUGGCUUUUAAUCCACCUGCUGCCAUGAACUAGUUGUGAUGGUGCUGCCUAACUAACGCUGCGUCCCUAUUGCCUUUAAUACACUGUGUUUGAUCAGGGCACAUGGGCUCUGUCUAAAGUAGUGCACUAUGUAGGGGGAAUAGAGUUCCAUUUGGGACGCAGAGAAUGACCCCCCCCGUGGCUUACACAGCUGACACACACCCUUCCCUCCUUUCUGUCUCCUCCCUCUUUCAUCCCUCUCCUUUCAUCUCUCUCCUCCCUCUCCUUUCAUCCCUCUCCUCCCUCUCAUCCCCCUCUCCUCC